CGGCUGGCGCGACGCGGUUUCUAUUUUCUGCUGUUCUGAUUCGGGCGAUGGUCUGAUCAGAGAGGGAGAGAAGAUGGGUGAAAUUUGGGACGGCAUUAGCGUCUCGGUCGCCUUUCCCCCCCUCUCUUCCUGGCGUCUUGAAUUCUUUCUUUGUUUCCGGGGGUGGCGGCGGCGGCGGUGUCCGCAGUCGAGGCUUGAAGCUUCGGGUUUUCUCUUUUAUCGUCGGAGCGAUCUCAAAGGCACCAUCUUUGGGUACUUUGUGCGCUGAUGAAACAGAGGAUUGCACCCUCCAUGAAUUACUACUGUUCCUUCAGCAUGCAUGCACCGGCCGCGAAAAGAACAACAAAAGAGAAAAAAACAUUUCGGCCGUCGUUUGUGAUGACUCGAAUUUCCUUGAUGGCUGUUCGUUAAUAAGCACGGCUAGCCAUUAUAAGCAGGGCUAACAUUUAGAGGGUCACCGUAUUUUUUUUUUUGGCAGAAAGUGAUGAUCUCUGCAUUAUAAGCAUGGCUAGCAUUGGUGCGAGUGUUGUUACAGCGAGAAUACUUCUUUCCUGGCCUGAGGUCGAUUUUAAUUGUCAUCUCAAUUGUAGGAUCUCUGACAAGAUCGGACACUCGGAUCGCGUAACGGGCGGUAUGUACUGUAUUUGAAUGGAGUUGCGGGCCUCGGUUGCGAGAGAUUAGGCUUGGUGGGAAUUGACGGUGGUGCGAGAUGAGUUGGAACAUGGAUGUUCAAUAUGUUAACACUGCCUAUCCUUACAAUACGUCUGGAAGUUUCAUGGAGUAUUUUGAGGGUCUUACUUAUGAACACGUGAAUUUCAUAUUUUCUGGUGCUUCUCAUGCUCAGGAGAGCGUAUAUCCAUCAGUGAAUACAAACUACUAUAAAGUGGGUUCAUCAGAAUAUGGUAGUAAUUACUCAUAUUACGACUAUGGUCAUUCAUAUGAGGUGGAUGGUCAUGGACAAGCCUAUCAUGAGACUCGAAGACCUAUGGUUAGCCCCUCAAUGACUAAUGAGCAGACUACUGCAGUAAGCAGUGGAUGGGAGGGGAAUGCAAAUAGUGGAUCUCGCGACCGCUCUGCAGCAUGUCCACGAAGGCAUCACAAUUCACAGGAUUAUCAGGUCGUUUGGCAAGACAACAUAGAUCCUGACAACAUGACUUAUGAGGAGUUACUUGAGUUAGGCGAGACUGUCGGAACUCAGAGUCGAGGUCUUUCGCAAGAACAAAUAAGUCUGCUUCCAAUUUCCAAAUACAAGCGUGGUUUCUUUUCCAGGAGAAGAUCACGAGAUGAGAGAUGUGUGAUUUGCCAGAUGGAAUAUAAACGAGGAGACCGGCGUAUGACCCUUCCUUGCAAGCAUGUCUAUCAUGCUGGCUGCGGUGCCAAAUGGCUCAGUAUCAACAAGGCUUGCCCUAUUUGUUACACUGAGGUGUUCGUGGAUGCAUCCAAAAGAGUAAAAAGUAAUCAUUGAUGAACACAAAGGCAAAUUCUCAUUUCUUUUGUUCGUUUCUCGAGCUUGGGUGCUUUCUUGCACCAUAGAGGUUUGUUCGUUGCACCUUGCUUAGUAAAACACUGGGUUUUACUUAAUAUGAAAGCUGAGCUAUGAAGUAGGUACAGAAAUGGCUGUCAGAUAGCUGGGGUUUGUAUUUUCUUAUGAAUUUUCAGGUUGUUUUUACCGAGAUAGCUGCAUUCUCCCUCCUGAAUUUAAUGAUUCAUUUAUACA